AUGUCAAUCGCAUUCAUAUCUCAGUCAAGUGCCCCAGAGAUCAUCCCAGGCACCGCGGCGCCCAGUAUGUCACGCGGGAAAACAGCACCGUAUUUUCGCGCAACGUUUUCUGUUGACUUUGACCAGCAGAUCCUCAGGCCGUUGCAAGGUAGCAAGGCUGUCAUUCGCAUCAACGAGGUGAAGAAUGGCACAGUGGUAAGACCCGCUGUGUUCUCCCUUAGUCCACACGACGCCAUCCUGAAACAGCACCCGAUUUAUCUAAACCACUAUCAGCUUAUAUUCUACGUCACAACGAAGCUCAAGAUUGAUGCAACAUAUUCCAUUACCAUGGACAAUGGUUUCGUGGUAGGGCAGCAAAGCUGCACAGGCGGAGGAGCGCCGUUUUUCGGUAUCCAGGACCCGAAUAGAUGGCAAUUUGUUGCCGACCACACAGUUGGAAACAUAUCCGAUUGCGGACGAAACUCCUCACAAUUCUUUACAUAUGGCACAAGGGUGAAUGACACACAGCUUUUGCUUGGCAAUGGAACAUCAUGCGUCACAAGGCAACUGGCAAACUCGGCAAAUGGAUUUCCGAUCAAUGACACCCAGCAUAACAAAGUGACAAUCUGUGAGAAUGGACUGAUCAUGCUGGAUCAAGACCAACCAAUCCGCCAUCCCCAGCUGUUCCCAGGAAACUGGACCACACAGCCAACAAUUCUGGCACCCUACUGGUGCUUGGCUGACAACUCGUACUCCAAGAAUCUUCCAGAUGGUCUCAGAUCUCAUGUCUGGUAUCAUUUCUACGACAGGCAGGUGUCCUCGGAGAAGGCAAUGCUGGAGGAAAUAGAGAGCUUGAUCCUUGCUAAAGAGAGGAAUACUGACAAAUCAUUCUACUUCACCGCAACAUGGGCAGCAAUUGUAACAUGGGAGAGAAUCACGCCCUACCCAAGCCGCUACAAGUACCAACUGCAUAACACAUUUCAAGCUGUCAUGGCAACAGACGGCCUGCGAUCCUACACCACGUUCGCCUACGAUGUCAACUCCAUCCAGUGGUCGAUCCCAGUGCUGCGUAACCCACGGGUCACGUACGGUCAUUCCGUAAUGGGCUAUUCAACGCCGGAGCAAUAUUACAAUGACAGGCGGUCAGGCACCUUCAGAAUCAGCGGCAUCGAUGAUCAAGUGGACUCCGCCAACCAAUACCUCUUCCAGCAAGCGUGCACUGAAGGAGCCAUGUAUAUCUUCAGGCUAUACAAAGGUGUCAUUGAUGGUCCAAGGGCAAAGUGCCUUCGGUGGUACGCAUCUCAACCAGACCCAAGGACAUGGAUGAAAUACUUCAAUGCUUGUCCACAGAUCCUUGCGCAAGCUCAAGCCGACUCCCGAUUUCAACUUAUUCGGAAACUUUCCCCGCGGACGUGCUUCCAGAAUUCUGUCCCAUCCAUCACCGGUUCAUCUCAGGAGUGCUGUUAUCGAACACUGCCCUUGGGAUACGGGGCAUUCCUUGAAGGUCCACCUGAUGGUGGUAACUCAGUACGCUUCUCUUGGCUGAGCUUUGAGCCGACUACAGUCAGCUACGAGGAGACCCUGCCACGGCAAUGGUGCUGUGAGGACUCAGCUCUUUGUCACCUGUACUGGGAGAAACGACCUAGUCAGUCUAGCAUCGCCUAUUCCAGGCAGAGUCUUGGAACUGUUGCUCUUCCGAUCAUCCGCACUAUACCCGGAGGACAGUAUACAAUGUUUCAAAGAGGCAACUUCCUACUGGUGGAUAGUCCUGGUUAUUUCCGGUGUGAAAUUGUGAUUUCAAAGACCAGUGGGGACGGGCCUCAACAGGUCACCAGCAUUGGCAUGCAGGGAAACAGCACUGACCAGUGUGUAGCCGGUGUGUCUGCUGAGGGUGCACUUUCCUUCACUGUUAAUGGUCAACCGUUGAGUAACAAAGUGUUCAAAGUGUUCAGUGACGACGGUGUCAGCAUCACGUACGAGUGUCUGCAGUGGAAUCGAAACUGCACCAGGGUUCCGAGCAACAGUACGACCGCUCCGCGGCCGACACCGAUUGGCAUCAGCGCUCAUAACGGCUUCAGCGUCAUCGUGCACAAUCGCACUCACGGCAGCGUGGUGUUUGAAAGUGGCUUCUCGGUCGACCUUGUCCUCUUUCCGCACAGGAGAACCAUUGCUGUCACCGUCGGCUGUCCACAGAGCCUUCUGAAUAGCAGCCGAGGUCUCUUAUUCAUAGAUGGACCGUCUCUACUGCCAAUACAGGGCGAUGCAAUUAAUAGAUGGAAAUUGAACUGCAGUGCACUACAAUUAGCCAAGGAUCCACGCUGUGCAUCAAAUGGUACCAGUACCAUGUCACCCACCACAACGAGCAGUCCAACAACCCUGCCACCUGAGUAUUAUGAUGACUUCUGGCCGCAAGUGAACGAAACAUGCAAGUCAUGCAAGAUCAACAACGCUCUGUGCCACCUUGUGGCAAAUAUCACCAAAGAUCUCAACUAUACCAAAGAGCUGAUGCGCAUCAUAGGGUGCGGUGAAGUUGUCAAUCCAAUCCGGGUGAAUACAACAUCUCCUGUGUUUAUAUCCUCGGGAGGCCUAUUGACAGUGGACCUCUCCAAUGUCACACUGGAUAAAAGCUCAUAUCGGGUUGAGCGAAUACCAGCCAAGAACUCUUCGUUCUCAGAUGAGCGAACAAGCACCCGGCCUGACAUCUUUGUUCUGGCAGUGGACUUCAAUAUGAAAGCCACCAAUCUACAGUUCCUGAUUAUUUCUCCAGAAACCUCCGCCACCGUGCUCAUUCGUCCAAUUGUCUACAUUCGCAACUGCAACAACGGGGGAAACGUCUCCCAUGCCACAUUCUCCUCGCGCAGUUCAGAGCGGACGCGCAUCCAUGCAUGCGAGUGCCCUCCUGCAUACGCUGGUGAAUUCUGCGAGGAUGAUCGGGACGGGUGUAAGGCGGCGUAUCAACCCUGCUCCGACGGCGUGGACUGUUUCGACAAGCCUGCGCCGGAUACUGGCUACCUGUGUGGCGCCUGUCCUCCUGGUUUUACUGGAGUCGGAAAGAGCUGCCUAGAUCUUGAUGAGUGCAGGAACCGGUCAUCUUCACCAUGUCAGCAGGUCUGUGCCAACACACAGGGCAACUAUACAUGCGCAUGCAACGCUGGCUUUGCUCUGAAUCCUGAUGACAAGACGUGUUCUGAUCUCAACGAGUGCACUCUCAAUACUGAUGACUGCGAGAAAUUCUGCAACAACACGCAAGGAUCAUAUCAAUGUUAUUGUGAUGUGGGCUUUGCUCUCAACGGAAGCAGCCGUUGCUCGCCCAUUCGGCCCUGCAAGGAUAACGGUGGCUGUGAACAGCUCUGUGUGCAGGAUCUAACCACACACACUGCUAUUUGCAGUUGUCAAAGGGGCUACACGUUGGAUACUGUCAUGCAUGGCAAAUGCAAUGAUAUUGACGAAUGCCACGGUGCAUCGGCAUGUUCGGAUAUAUGCCAGAAUACCAAUGGUUCUUUUCUGUGCCACUGCUCAUCCGGAUACUCCCUUGCAACCGACAAAGUAACAUGUGAAGAUAUUGAUGAAUGUGCAGGGUCGGUUGACUUAUGUCCACAAGACACAAUGCACUGUAGCAAUACGAGAGGGUCGUAUGCGUGCCUGUGUAAUAUUGGAUACCAGAAAAACAAUGUUACGGCUAAAUGUGAAGUUAUAUCAUGUGGAGCGCCUGUCGUCCCUGCCAAUGGUGGCAUUACCAGCAUAGGCUCCGAUUGGCAUUACGGACAGACAGUUACCUAUUUCUGUAAUAUUGGCCACUCACUGAUUGGCGCUAAGAGAACACAUUGCCUUGAAAGCGGCAAAUGGUCGCAACCUGUUCCAACUUGUCAGAUCAUCAACUGUCCUGCACUGCCAUUGGCUCCGCACCUGAAAUCAUCAUCAAAUGAAACAAAAUACGGCAGCAUUUGGAAGAUGUACUGUUCUCAGGGGUAUACUUUGCAAGGCAAUUCCCAACUGAAAUGCUUGUCAACGGGAACGUGGAGUGCAGUGCUACCAGUGUGCAAUAUCGUGCAUUGUUCAGUGCCGGAGGUGGGAAACGGAACCCUCUUGUCGAAUACCACCUCGUUUGGCAGUGCCAUCCAGGUGCGGUGCAAUGAUGGCUACAAACAGUAUGGAGCAGGGCACACACUCCUGACCUGCCUCCACACUGGGCUGUGGAAUGGCUCGUUCAUAGAGUGCAAAGAGUGUGCUUGCAAUGUUCUUGGAUCUAGGAAUGGUACAUGCGACAAGCUGUCAGGGCAAUGUCCCUGCAAGACACUGACCACGGGAUUGGUGUGUAGUGAGUGCGUAUCUGGGACUCACUAUUUAAGCGCGGACAACCAAGAUGCGGGUUGCCGGCAAUGCAAUUGCUCUGGCCGCUCGGCCAUCUGCACGACUGCCAUGGUCGGGCCUGGCGUCACGGCAAGCUCGUCAAACUGCUCGUGCCCAGCGGAGUACACUGGCCUGAACUGUGAACACUGCUCGGCUGGUUACACAUCGACGCCAGGACCAGGCGCGGCCGCGUUGCAUCACCAAUGUGUUGCCUGCCGGUGUAACAAUCACUCUAAUUCAUGCAACAGGGACACAGGUGUAUGCACCACGUGUAGGCACAACACAGCAGGAGAGCACUGUGACCGCUGCGGCGAUGGAUUCUACGGAACCGCCGUGGGCCAGGCUGGCUGCACGACAUGCCAUUGUCACCAGGAUGGCAGUGUGAACAACAACUGCAACCAUACCACUGGUCACUGUCUUUGCCGGGCGAAUAUUCUCGGCAGGGAUUGCGAUCAAUGUCAGGACAGGCUCUAUGGCUUUCCCUCCUGCAAUGCGUGUGCUUGCAACACUCUCGGGAGUGUUAAUACGUCUUGCAAUGUAACCAGUGGACAAUGCUCAUGCGGCAUCAAUGUAGAAGGUCGUCAGUGUGACAAAUGUCAAGCGAAUCACUACAACUUUCCAUCCUGUUCAAAUUGCAACUGUAAUUCCAUUGGCACACAACAAGGUGCUCAAUGUAAUACGAAAAGUGGGCAAUGCGUGUGUUUACCGAAUGUAAUGGGCAGACAAUGUGACCAAUGUGUGAGUGGAUACUACACCAUCACCUCUGAAGUAGAAUGUGAUCGUUGCGCAGUGCAUUAUUACUCCUUUCCAACAUGUAGACCAUGCAACUGUGAUGCUGUGGGAACUGAACAAGGUACACAAUGUGAUGCUCUCACUGGUGCUUGUGUUUGCUUACCUGGUGUAACCGGACGACAAUGUGAUCAAUGUACAAGUUUAUACUAUGGAUUUGCUUCUGGCACGGGCUGCACUCAAUGUGGCUGCAAUACUCUAGGGAGUAUGGAUCCUUCUUGCAACGUCACCAAUGGACAAUGCCCAUGCGGUGCCAAUGUAGAAGGUCGUCAGUGUGACAAAUGUCAAGCAAAUCACUACAACUUUCCAUCCUGUUCAAAUUGCUACUGUAAUUCCAUUGGAACACAACAAGGUGCUCAAUGUAAUACGAAAAGUGGGCAAUGCGUGUGUUUACCAAAUGUAAUGGGCAGACAAUGUGAUCAAUGCAUCAGUGAACACUAUGGGAUCUCGACUGGAACUGGCUGUACUGUAUGUGGGUGCACAGAAAAAGGCUCUACAAGCCUGGAGUGCAAUCAAACAAGCGGGCAUUGCACGUGCUUGGAACGCAUCGUUGGCAGAACAUGCGACCAGUGCGAACACAAUCACUUUGGCUACCCCCUGUGCGGUCAGUGCGACUGCGAUCCGCUUGGUUCACUUUCCGGCAGUGUGUGCAACACGGUGAAUGGCAAGUGCGCCUGCAAACCAUUUGCAACUGGCGUCAGAUGUGACCAAUGUGCACCUGGUUUCUACCAUCAGGAGAAAGGAGGCAGUCUUUCCUGUGCCGAGUGUGCGUGUAAUCUGAGCGGCACGGUGACCAACACAACAUGCAGCACACAAAGCGGACAGUGCCAAUGCUUGACGAACGUUACUGGCCGCCAGUGUGGCGAAUGUGCAGCAUUUCACUAUGGCCUGCAGAGCGGCAAGGGCUGCGAGGUGUGUCCGUGCCUAGCUGCCGGUAGCAGCCAGUGCCACGAUAAUUAUCCAGACUUUGAGUGCCAGUGCAAGGCGGGGUACAAGGGAGCACUGUGUGAUGAGUGCAUGCCAGACUACUAUUACGUCACCCAGCUGGAUGAGUCCUGUGAGAGUCCACCGUGCUCAGCACGCCUUGUCUGCCAAGGCUGUGGUUGCUUUGCAAUCAAUUCAACAUUCGUGAAUAACAUCGGUAAACUCGAACUGUGCAAUGAAGAUGGACAGUGCAUGUGCAAUAGCCGCUCAACUGGACUGAAAUGUGACAUUUGCAAUCACGGCUAUCAUAUGACGAACACUUCUGGGUGUGAAGGAAGUAUGUGUACGUAGAAAUGCAUAUUCCCUUGCAUGCAUAAUAAUGGGAUUGUGUGUUGUGGGAUUUCGUGCUGUGACCGCAACAAGAAAAAGACGGCAAAGCACAGAGGUGGUUGGAUGAGACAUUUCCGGGUCUGGGGCCUUUUGUGAAGUGGACCAUGUCGUACUCCGAGUUUGCU